AUGGCCGACGAAUCUGGUUCUUCCGCUACAACCGGCGGCGGAACAGAGGAGUUUCACAAUUCAGACCUCUCGACUCUGCUUCGCCUUCUCCAGCAACAGCAACCAGCAUCUGUAACAACAACCAACAAACAGUACCAGCCAGUCAGUAUUGCUGUCAAACUCGAUGAAUUUAAUUUUUCUGUUUGGUCACGACUUAUGCGUAUGGCAAUUGGGGGAAGGGGAUCCCUCAGUCAUAUCACAGGAAAUCCACCACCACCGUCACCGGAGGACCCGGAGUAUACCAACUGGGAACAAGAGGACUUAAAAGUCCAGUCCGAUAUAAUACACAACUUGUCAUCAUAUCUAGUAGCCCUUUACGUUGAAUUUCCAACAGCAAGGGAUCUUUGGAACGGGCUAAAUGAAACUUACAGUACUGGCAGGGAUUACCUGCAACUGUUCGAUUUGAAGCGACAAGCCAACAGAAUCAAACAAGAGGAUGGGACCAUCGAGACUUACCACGGGAUCUUAAGCCGGUUGUGGCGAGAGAUUGGCCGCCGGGAACCUAACCCCAUGACGGCGGAGGCGGAUAUCGCCACCUUCAACCGAGGGUUGUUUCAAGCUCAUAAGGUAUCCGGAUUGGUGGCCAGGGGGGAAGAAUCAGGCAAAGAAAUCCGGCGCCGCUACCGCCGCCUUGGGCGACGCGGAGGCCACCAGCAAGGACGGCAGCGGCGAAGGGACAGCACUGAUGAGCAACAGUGGCUUGUCUGGUGA